AUGGCGGCCGUCUACAAGAGCUUGUCGAAGAGAACCGACCAGAAGGAGGCAGCGCCGGUAGAUGGUGCUGUGAAGAGCGUCAACAAGCAGCGUGUCCUGCUGCUUUCGAGCAGAGGCGUGACACACCGACACCUGCUCAACGACUUGGCGACGCUGAUGCCCCACGGAAAGAGAGAUGUGAAAUAUGACAAGAAGGGAAACCUCAACGGACUCAAUGAGCUGGCUGAGUUGUACAACUGCAACAACAUCGUCUUCUUCGAAGCAAGAAAGCACAAGGAUCUUUACCUCUGGAUGGCAAGAAGCGGCAACGGAUGCAGUAUCAAGUUCCAUGUUCAGAACAUCCACACGAUGGAAGAACUCAAUUUCCCAGGAAACUGCCUCCGUGGUUCAAGACCGAUUUUGUCCUUUGACCAGGCGUUUGAGAAUGAUGCUCAUUUGCAGUUGAUGAAGAAAAUGUUCAUUGCUGCUUUCGGAGUGCCUCCCGGGGCGAGAAAGGCCAAGCCGUUCAUUGAUCAUGUAAUGAGCUUCUCGGUGCUGGAUGGCAAGAUCUGGGUCCGGAACUACGAGAUCCAGGAGAAGGAGGGCCAGGAAGACGAUGGAGAAAAGACUGUGACCAAGGGUGGGAAGACGAUUUCCACCUCUCUGCAAGAAAUCGGCCCCCGCUUCACCCUCACGCCUGUCGUCAUUUUGGAGGGGGCUUUUGGAGGGCCAAAAAUCUUCGAAAACAAGGAGUAUGUCAGCCCCAACCUGGUCAGGUCUGAUAUGAGAAGGAAGAAGGCGGUCCGUCACACGGCGAGGGCUGAGAAGGUUGUCGAGCGGAUGUCCAAGAAGGGUGACCUUGGUCUUCGAUCUACAGGAGGCAAGCCGGCGGCCAAUGAUGAGCUGGACACCAAGACUUUGUUCGCUUAA